AAUAUUUGUCAAAUGUCAUUAUAAUUUGUUAUUGUUUAAAAAACUAAAUUUUUUAAAGAAAAUGGAAAAGAAAUUAGACAAAGUUAUGGACGAUAUAUUGUCUCACGAAGGUGUUACUGGAUGUUUAUUUGCAGAUCAAUUGGGUUUAUGCCUUGGAGCGAAAGGAAAUGUUUCAACAGCAGCAAGUGGAUUAAUUGUAGUAUUAGCUGAAAUAGCUGGUCAUUUAGAAAGUAAUCAAUCGAAUUCAACUAAUUCACGUCAACCAGUGAUUUCUUUAGAAUCUGAUAAUAAAAAAUGUCUUAUACAAAGAAAUGGUAAUAUUACGGGAGUGAUUUUCAAAAGUGAUACUGUAAAUGCUUAACUAUUUUAAAUGAGACUGCGUUCGUUUAUUACCAGUAUCAUGGCGGUAACACGAUAUGGCGUUAUCUAUAAAAUGUUAUAUAACAUGGUAUGAAACGUCGAACUCUUGUGGAAGCAUCUUUUUGUUAUAAAUAAACGAACGAAUGCAGCCUGAGUAUAUUAUAUAAAUAUUUUUUGUAAUUAAUUGUAACUGUAAAUCAAUAUUUUUUAUGAUUGUUAAAAGUAAUUUCAUAUAUUAAUUAAAGGAAUGAAUUAAUUCUCAUUGACAUGAUCUCAUUGUCGGUGCAAUGAUUAAAAGUAAUGUUUUAAAUAUCAGAAUGUAUAUAUUGUUAGCUUUCAUUGUUUUAAAAAUCAUUGUCUAAGUCAAAAAUGCAGUUGUAAUAAUUGGAAAUAAUGUAAACAUUGGUUUUAUGCCAUGGGUUGAUAAAUAUAAUUUUUUUGGUUAA